AUAGUGCAUUGUUGUGACUUGCGUAACGGAGCAUCCCUCAAGCUGUCAGCUGUGUCGCCGCCGCCGCUGCGGGAGCGCGAGCCCCAGCCGGCCCAGCCCUCCGCCUCCUUGUCUUCCUCCCGCCCCUCCCUCAGGGGUUCUAGAACUCCACGUCACCGUAUCAUUGUCUGUGCGGGACCCUCCGGCUCCCCCUCCCUCCCCCGUCCCUGCACGUUCCAUCCCGCCCCCAUAGAACCAUCUCAAUGAGAUGCAAACAUGAAAGACAAGAGGAAGAAGAAGGACCACACCUGGGCCGAGGCUGCCCGCCUGGGAGGAGCUGCCCAGGUGUGCUGAGGGCCUGUACUCGGGAAGAGAAACAGGGAGUCCUCCGCAGCACUGGAAAAGCAUCCCAACUCGCCAAUGACUGCAAAGCAAAUAUUGGAAGUGAUUCAGAAAGAAGGGCUGAAAGAAACAAGAAAUGGAACUUCUCCAUUGGCUUGUCUGAAUGCAAUGCUUCACACUAACACUCGUGUAGGGGAUGGGACAUUCUUCAAAAUCCCUGGCAAGGCAGGACUCUAUGCGCUCAGAAAGGAAGACUCUACGUGCCCAACGGAUGGAACAUUGGAUUUAGGUUGUGAAUCUGAGUUGGAUGGCACUGAAAUGGCUGAAACAAACAGUAGUGCUGGAGAAGAAAAUGGAGUUUGCACAAAGCAAGCACCCGAAGAAGUGUCUUCCAUUCGGGACUCAAACCUUAUGAAUGCACCAAUGCAAAGCAAGCUAGUGUCUUCCUUUCAGCAGCACACCAAAAAGGCACUUAAACAGGCUUUGAGACAGCAGCAGAAAAGAAGAAAUGGAGUCUCAAUGAUGGUAAACAAGACUGUUCCUCGUGUUGUUUUGACACCAUUAAAGGUGUCUGAUGAGCAGUCGGAUUCACCUUCAGGGUCUGAAUCUAAAAAUGGUGAAGCGGACAGUUCUGAUAAAGAAAUGAAACAUGGGCAAAAAUCUCCAACUGGAAAACAAAUGAGCCAGCACUUAAAGAGAUUAAAAAAAUCUGGUUUAGGACAUUUGAAAUGGACCAAAGCCGAGGAUAUUGACAUAGAAACACCAGGAUCUAUUCUUGUGAACACUAACCUGAGGGCUUUAAUAAACAAACACACCUUUCUUUCCUUACCUCAGCAUUUCCAACAAUACCUCCUGCUUCUGCUUCCAGAGGUGGAUAGACAGAUGGGAAGUGAUGGAGUUUUGCGCCUCAGUAGUUCCGCUCUAAAUAAUGAAUUCUUUGCAUAUGCAGCACAAGGGUGGAAACAACGACUGGCAGAAGGAGAAUUUACUCCUGAAAUGCAGUUGCGUAUCAGGCAAGAGAUUGAAAAAGAAAAGAAAACAGAACCUUGGAAAGAAAAGUUCUUUGAAAGAUUUUAUGGUGAAAAGCUUGGAAUGUCAAUAGAAGAAUCUAUGAAACUUACAUCUACACAGAACAAUAAUGAAGAUGAAGAUAAGUCACUCUUUGGAUCUUCAGAUUUGCCUGGUCCUUCAAAAGAAUCAGCUUUUGAUGAUCAUGAAGAGAAAAACAAUCAGCUACCACCAUUGCCAGGGACAGGUUUCUGUCAGUCCCUUUGCAACAUGGAACAUGUUCCAGCCAAAGAUGUACUAACAGAAGCAGAAGACAUUUUGAUACCUGAAGAGUCUGUUAUUCAAGAGGAGAUUGCUGAGGAGGUUGAGACAAGUAUUUUUGAGUGUCAAGAGGAAAACCAUAAAGCAGAACAUGUGAAUACUAAACAACCUGAUAGUCCAGUGGGCUCAAAUGAAGAAACAGAAACUUUAUCACUUCCAGAGAACUCUGAAUCCUGUGUUGUGAUGAAUGAUGUAGUAGUUGCAUUGGCUCAUGAUGAAGUUAAGGUAGAGGAGAAAUUACAGUAUUGCCAAGAAGAAAUGGCAGUCAUGACUGAUCAAAUGGAAAACAGUUUAUCACCUUCACAGUCUGCUUCAUCUACAAAUUCUCUCAGUAAUAUGGAAGAAAAGGACACAGAGUCUACAAAAGAGCUAAGUCCUCAUGGAAAAUACUCCCCUGUCCUCAAUGGUUCGUUGUUCACUGGCGGAAGUGUUGCUGUUCAUAUGGAGCUGCAGAGUGAUCCUGAAGAGCAGUCAUCUGAGAAUGCUUGUAUUUCUGAAACUUCAUUUUCUUCUGAAAGCCCAGAAGAACCAUGUGUUGGUAUUGCAUCUCCUGGAGGUGAUACCCAGUCUACUUCUGAGGAGCCUUGUACUCCAGUAUCUCCUGAAACAGCUUGUUCAUCUGAUGUAUCUUGCACUGAAAACACUGAAAAUGAUAGUCAGCAAAAAACUAUGAAUGAUGAUCUGCAUACAUCUGUAAUAUCUGAAGUAUCGCCAAUGCCAGCCUCACCUGUAACAUCAGAAUCAUCUAAUAUGUCCAAUUUGCCUUUGACUUCGGAAGCAUCGCCAGUUUCUAAUUUACCUUUACCAUCAGAAACAUCACCAAUGUCUGAUUUGCCUUUAACAUCUGAAACCUCUUCAGUGUCUUCUGUUCUUUUAGCUUCUGAAACAUCUCACUCCAGCAGUUUACCGCUACCUUCAGAAACAUCUCCACUUUCUAGUUCCCCAGUAAGUGAAAGAUUUAUUCUGCAGCAAAGAAAAUCACCAUGUCUGUCUGAAGAAUCUCUGUCACCACUGAAAGAAGAGGCUUCUACUAUUCCUAAUGCUUCUCAAGAGGAGAGUAUUGCUUCUCAGCAAAAACAGCUCCAUGGUGUACCUGAAACUGUGAAAGCUGCCAUACCUGAAGCUUCAACAGUAGAGAAAUCUCAUAGGAAUUUUACUAAUCAACCAUGUAGACCACAUACUGAAAUAGAAAAAAUCUUUAUUUCUUCUGUAUCUGAACAUUCUUCUUCAGAGGUGAUAAAAAUUAGAAACCAUGGGGCUCAACAAAAAACUGAAAAGAAAAGUACGAUCUCUCAACUGGAGUUGUCUGUUCUAACAGAAGUGGCCGGAUGCAAAAAUACUGAAUCUCUUCCAUCUAAACUACAUGAUAAACUAUAUACCUCAUCAGAAAAAUUGAUGUUCUCAGAAGUGGGCAGAAGUAAGUCUCAUAAACUUCAAGGGGCAACCCAGAGUCGGUUUGAAGGUUCCUAUUCAAAGUCUUCAGAAGCCACAAAGUCACCUGAAGUAAAAAGUGAAAGUAGAGACCUAGAGAUCCCAAAGAGGAAGACCGCUGAACACCACAGUUUUGGGAUCUGCAAAGAGAAGCGAGCUAGAAUUGAAGAUGAGCAAUCUCAUCGUAAUGUAUCAACAAAUUCAUCGGAGAAAGAGCAGCCGCCUAGAGAAGAGCCGAGAGUCCCACCUCUUAAGAUUCAGCUUUCAAAAAUUGGUCCACCUUUUAUUAUCAAGAGCCAGCCUGUUUCCAAACCAGAACCUAGGGCUUCUCCAAGCACAUCAGUUAGUAGUGGGAGGAACACUGGGGCCAGAACACUUGCAGAUAUCAAAGCAAGAGCCCAGCAAGCCAGAGCACAGAGGGAGGCAGCAGCUGCUGCAGCAGUUGCCGCAGCUGCCAGCAUUGUCUCUGGAGGUCUAGGGAGCCCCUGUGAAGGUGGAAAGACAAGAACGUUGGCACACAUCAAGGAACAGACAAAGGCCAAAUUAUUUGCAAAGCACCAAGCGAGAGCCCAUUUACUCCAGAGUAAUAAAGAAACAAAGUCUCAACCUGCCUCCAAGGAAGGUCCAUCAGUCUUAGAGACUUCUGCCUCUUCUGAAACAAAGAUUGAAGGUUCUACUGGUGUAAUCAUAGUUAAUCCUAACUGCAGGUCUCCUAGCAACAAGUCGGCUCACCUUCGUGAAACUACCACUUUAUUGCAGCAGUCACUUAAUACCAGUACUGUGUCAGAAACUAGUACUGACAUCUCUGAACACAGUUCUGAUGAAAACAUACCUAUGUCUCAUUUGUGUGAGAAAAUUCUUUCAUCUACCUCUGCAGAAAGUAACAGUGUGUCAGUGCUGUACAAUAAAACCUCAGUCCCCAUGUCUAUGUGUAGUGCUGCUAUGUCAGGAGCAAUUAAGGAACUUCCUUUUGCAGGUUCUGCUGAAAAGUCCUCUGUUUUAAUGUCAAUUGAAAGCACAGACACAAAGGCUUGCAAUAUAAACAUGCUGAAAUCCAUCCAAGGAACUGACACUCCAUGCAUUGCCAUCAUGCCAAAAUGUGUUGAGAGUCCCACCGUGCCAGCUGCAGUAGAUAGUACAGCUCUGUCAAAUUCCAUGGAUGAAAAAAGAUUGCCAAUAGCAAGCAGCAAUGCAAACGUUGUUAUUUCCAGUCAGUAUACCACUGUGCCAACUUCAUCCAUUGCAAAUAAUUUGCCAAAUCAUUUGGGUGGCAACUCUGUUCUUAUUCCUCCAGUGGGAUCAGCAAAUAGAUAUUCUGCUGAUAAGACAGCUACAACAGGGUGCAGUGACCAAAGUUCUUUGUCAAGCAGCACUUCUGUUAGGGCAGCUUUACACUGCAGUGAGGUACUUCCAGCAGCUGAUUCUGGUGGCAGGACUUCCAUUUCAAUAUUUGCUGGUAACGUGAUGGCAGCAAGUUCUUAUGAGAAUUCUGCUAAGAUGAGCACUGAGACUGUGGACAGAAAUUGUGGAAUGAGAAGUCGAAUAGACAUGUCUGGUAAAUCCUCAGUAGGUUAUGCACAAGCACCCAUGAAUAGAUCUAUUCCUUGUAAAGUCAUUGUUGACCACACAACAACAGCAAUGAACUCAAAUUUGUCCCUGGGUACUUCUGUUGAAAACUCAGAAAUCAACACAGAUAUGCACAGCCGAUCUAUCAGGACAGAAACCGCCUUACAAAAUAUAGCAUGUCCUCAAGUGUCUGUAAUCAGCAGGCCAGAGCUUCUUACCAGUGAAAAUCUGGACCACAGUUCUGGCUUUAACACUGUUACGGCAAAGCAAAAUGGCAAACAUUUGCAAGCAUCGUGUAGUAGUCUUCGAGAAGUGCCUCUAGCUCCUCAAGAUAAACGCCUUGAGGCUGUUCCUCCCAGCCAAGGUUUUUCUGAACAAUUACGAGGUCCUUUGGCUUUCAAAAAUGAAACAGAUCCUAUCUGUGCCAACCUGUAUAACAGUAGCAGAAUCUGCUGGAAUAAUGAGGAGGCAAUGAAUACUGACCAGUCUUUGCAUAGCCAUCUUAACCCAAAUAAGUUUAAGGAAUACACCGAGCAAAACUGCUUAAAAAAUGUCAAAACAGAGCCUUCAAGUUUUGUGCAUGUGAAUGAGAUGCAUUCAAGGAACGUUGUGACCAGCAUAGCCUUGCCUAUUAAAUCAGAAAUGAAUGAAUCUGACAAAUGCUUUAGGAUGGACACUGAAGAUUUUGCAAGACCUGAAAUGCCUCUCCAGACAGCAGAAAGAGCCACUAGUGCACAGCCGGCCCAAAGCUCCAAAAUAGCAGUUGCAGAUUCCAUGGAGAACUCUUUGACGUUGUCAGCUGAAACACUGAAAAGAGUUACAAACACUGGCAGUUCUAGCUGUCGUUUGUCAUCAGUAGAAGCCAACAAUCCUCUGGUGACACAGUUACUACAGGGCAACCUGCCACUGGAGAAAGUGUUGCCACAGCCCAGGUUAGGAGCCAAGCUAGAAAUUAACAGGCUUCCCUUGCCCUUGCAAACUACCUCAGUAUGUAAAUCAGUAACGUCUGAGAGAAAUGUGGUUGAAAAUCCUUCCAGUUCUCCAAAUACAGAUGGCAGAAGUUUUACAGCAGCCAGUAUAGCUCCACUCCAAAUCAGAAAGCGUGAAAACCAUCCUAAAAAGAGAAUGGCCAGGACAGUAGGGGAGGUGAAAUGUGAGCCUGGGAAGCCAUCAGUGGAGACAGAUGUUAAAGUGGGUCCUUGUGUAAUUAGUUCCAGCAUGAGCCAGCUUGGGCAUGGUCAGCUGUUUAAGCAAGAGUGGCCAAACAAGCAUGCCAUUCAAAGCAGAAUCGCACAUAGCCCAGAGAUAAAGCAGCAGAAGAGGCCGUUGCCCUCAUGCAGCUUCCAACAGAACCUGUUCAAUGUGGACAAAAAUGGCAGCUUUCCUGCAGAAUCCAGUACCUCACACAGGCAGCACUUCUACCAACUACCCAUGGCUGCAAGAGGGUCUGUUCCCACGGCAGCUUUGAUGCAGACAGCUCUAAAAGCACCGUCUGGCUGCAGUGCCUUUGCUUUUAGUCGGCACUUAGACCAGAAGGGGUUGGGAGAGGUCAACGUUUCCACAGCUCACCAGCUGAGGCUGGGGAGUGUUUUUUCCCCUAACAUUCAAAUUAAGGAAGGUGAUGACAUUUCUAGUGCCUCACAGAUCCUGCAGAAUAAAUCAUUGGUUCAUCCCCCUCCCCCACUACCACCCCCUCCUCCCCCACCCCCUCCUCUCCCCAAUGCAGAAGCUUCAUCUGAUCACAAACAACUGACAGUUACUAUGGAAACCACUAAAAGACUUAGUUGGCCUCAGCAGGCAAGCGUCUGUAGCAAUAUAAAAACUGAACCCAUUUCUUUUGAGGAGGGUCUAAGCAGCAGCUGUGAGCUGGGUAUUAAACAAACUUCUUACGAUCAGAACGAAGUAAAAGAACAGUUGAAAGCCUUUGCAUUGAAAAAUGCCGACUUCCCAUCUUAUUUACUGUCUGAGCCCCAGAAGCCUUUCCCCCAAUUAACUGCUCAGAAAAUACAGACUCAGCAGCAACAGCAGCAGCAACAGCUCUGUGGAAAUUAUCCUACUAUACACUUUGGUAGCACAAGCUUCAAAAGGGCAGCAUCUGCAAUUGAAAAAUCAAUUGGAAUUUUAGGAAGUAGUUCAAACACAGCCUCAAGCCUCUCUAUUCAGAACACUCCAAUUCCUGUUCAGAAAUUUGCUGACAGCAGCAGUGCAGAUGAGCUGGAACUGAAAUGUUCUUGUAGGCUGAAAGCCAUGAUAGUGUGUAAAGGCUGUGGAGCCUUCUGCCAUGAUGACUGCAUAGGCCCUUCAAAAUUGUGUGUAGCUUGCUUAGUUGUCCGGUAGAAUCUGAGGCAGAGAUGCAGUAUCCCUUGUUAACAGGGGAGAGUAAACUGGAAGAAUGGAGGAACAACUAGGACAUUUUAGGCUAUUUCGUAUUUGGAUACAAGAUGUUUCUAGGGAAGCUUUGUUUAGAUUGCAUUAUUUCUGCUUGCAUGAUGCUCCCUGGCAUAGAAAAACCCCUUCAAAUAUGUGCCCGGAAGGUUAACAAAUUUUCAAGCUUCCUUGCUGUGUUUAAAUGUAAAAUUGCAUUUUCACUUCGAUUUAUGCACAUCAAGUCCUAGCAAAUUUUCCCCUACCAUUUUUAACUGAUAACCACUAUCUUCCUUGAUAGAAUGACCAGUUUCAUUAUCUCCGGAUUUCUUUGCAUGAAACAGUGCAAGAAUUUAGGAGAACCUUACCAAUGAUGAAGAGACUGAGCAGAAAGAAUGGUGUUUUGCUAUCACUUGUGGACCCUUACGGGUGAUGCCAUUCAGAAGUUGUAAUAAUGACUGCCAUUCAUGAUUCAUUUAUAGACAGCAAGAAGGAAUGAAACAGUUUGACAACCUAAUAUUGGGAGCUUGGCUGUGUUGUAACAGGCUUUUAUACUGGAAAAGAUUUAAGUCAAGCCUGGUAUAGAAGCUUACCUGUGUCAAAUUGUAAUUUGCAUGAUUUGAAAAGUUUGGGGGUGGGGAAAGGAUAAUAACUUCAGCUCUUAUAAUGUAUUAAUCCUUUUAUCUUUCCCAAACCUUACCUUAACAUUUUGUCCUGAAUGGUGAUACUUAUCAUAUAUACACAUAUGAACCAUAUUAAGUAAACAGCAAGCAUGUUCUUAGCAAUUAUGUCAUUUGAUUCAAACACAGUGUAGAUCCAAAACAGCAAACAAAAGAAAAAAAUCACACAUAGUUUACCAUUCUUUUAAAUAUAUUUACAGCUUGAUACAUUUUAAAGUACUUCAGUAAUCACCUCUUUGUUUUCAGAGAAGUUCCCCUAAAAGUAUUUGUGGGACUGCUAGGAGAGAUGAAGAGAUUCUAAAGGGAUACUGCAUCUUUUAAUACUCAGUCUUGUAUCUAGUAGUGUUUUAUGCUGAUCGUUUAUAUUCAGGACAUAUUUGCCAGCAAAAUAUUGGCAAUGAGCUGUGGCAAUUGUGGGAUCUUUUUUUACUGAUAAGGAAAAUGUUGCAAAGGCAUAAAAUAUGGAGUUUGAUUAGAGCAGCUACUUGGUUAUCUUAAAAAUCAUUUUUCCUACCAAGGAGAACGCAAAAUGCAGAAUAAAAUCUACUCAUAUGCUGUCAUAAUUUAACACCACUGUGAAGUAAACUUGGGAGAAAUACAUCAUUCUUACCUGCACAGUAGAACCUUACAAACCUCAUGCCUGCCAAUCCAUGCAAAAAAUUGGUAAUUCCUUCCCAUCUCUCAUGAAAGAUUUAUAAUGGAAAAAUGCUGCACAGAAAUCUUCUAAUAUUUUACUACCUGAAACAAAUUGUGCAACAUUAUUUUGGUUCAAAAUAUUUUGUGUGUGUGUAUUUAAAAAGAGCGGGCAUAUUAACGUAAAAAGGAUAAUAUCAAACUAUAUGUUGAAUUUGCUUAUUAUUAAAACUGUAACUCAUAAACUAUUCAGGCAUGUAUAUGCUAAUGAGGUUCUACUAUUUUGAAAAUCAUAUUUUUUUUCUUGUGGGACCAUAUUUAACAUGAAAUCUGCCAUUCCAUGAAAUCUAUUUGCUUUAUUUUUUUAAUGAGGUCAGAUACGUAGAGCUCACAUUCCUGUAACUAUUGGUACUGUGGUUUGACUUUUCUGUUUAGUUUUCAUAGUAAGAUUGUCUUUACCCUACAGUGUGAAAGAACUAGACAGUUACAAUUGCCUCAUCAAGACAGAUACUGAGAGACAAUGGUCUAUUGUAGCUUAAAAGCACUCCAUUGGAGAGAAUUAACUUGCAGGUUUCCAGCACUUUCAGGUAUCCUUGAAGAUAAUUUUUUAAAAAUACAUUUGAAAAGCAUGUUUUUGUAAUGUGCAAAAUGGAUGACUAAAGGCAGCCAUUGUUCAACAUGCAUGUGCUUGCAUAUUUAGUUGAAUUUAAGAGAAACUUAAAUUAUAAUUCUGAUGUGAAUAUAUGCAGUGGAUAAAACCCCAGUUCCAGUUAAAUUCCUGCCUAUACUGGAGCCAGGAUUAUGUCUGAUGAAGUCAGGGUAUUUUCUUUUUUUUAAAUAACCACAGAGACUAAUUUAUAGCUAGAGUAAAAUCUUCUAUCUGACCUAAGAACUGGUAGAUGGAAAACAUCAUUUAUUAGCUCAAAAAAAUUAUGGGCACAGUCUAGAGUAAGCUAAGCACUUAAGUCUGCUUAUGCAUUCUUCCUUGAGAAUUAGCCCCACUGAACUGUAAUGUACUUCCCAAUAAACAUGCAUAUAGUUGGGGAGCAAGUCUCAUAGAUUUAAAUGGAACUUUGACAUGUGGCCUUCUCCAGAUUAUACCACUUGUCUCACCCUGUUCACAGGUUAAACUGAACACCUGUACAAUCCCUGUAUGGUAUACAUUUGAUUAUUCUUUGUAUGUAGGCUGAAUAAUUCUCAUGUCACAGUCAAUGGCUGCACAGCUGAAUGUGUGAUACAAAAUCCACAUUUAUCCAGAGACUGGUUCCCGGUUUCAUUCAUAAAGUGAAUGCAUGUUGGCUCUUACAAACAAAUGUGCUCAUGUAAAAGCAGGAUGUAUGUGUGUUUUCUGUAGCAUGUGAACAGGACUCCUGGGUUAUGGCUGGUAUAACAUUUGACAGUUUUAAUCAUUCUCUCUUAAUUAUUGGAAUGAGGGACAAACGAGAAAGGAUGGUAGUUGACUUGUGUGUUUAAAUUUGGGCAAGGUGUAUCAUGUAGAAACUAAGGAUUGAGUCUUCUUUUAACAGCAAUUGUGAUACAUCAUCCACUUUUGCCAUAUCCCCCUUUAUAUCCCCCCCCCUUUUUGGAAUUGAAACCUGGCUGAGAAGUACAUGGGGAGCUUAUCUCUGGGGAGACAGCAGUAGACAGGGCUUAGCAAUCUCAGCCUGCUUUCUGUAUGGAUAGGAUUGCAGCUGAUCUUGGUUUAAACAAUGGUUGAUUACGCACAAGGCAUCUGCUGUGCAAUGGGGGCAAAUGUGCGUUGCCACAAGAUUUCUUGUAUGAAUGUAUUUCCUCAAGUCCCGCUUUCAUUUUUCAUUCUCCUUGCUGCAAGCAAGACCACUUCUAGCACAAAUUUAAUUUUGCUUUACAGCCAGAGCGGAUAGAUUUGCCAGUGGGCACAAAUUUGCCUCCAACCUCUUCCCUCCACCCACAGCCAUCCUGCCUAGUCUCACCCUCCACCCCCUUGCACUGCUUUGUAUGCUUUCCCUUCAUCCUCCUCCUUGUUGUUGACUCCUCCUCACUUUUCUAAGUGCUUAUAUCAAUACAUUGAUAUCAAGCAUGUUCACAUUCUAGCUCCACUCCACUCCACCUCCCCUGCUCUGCUUCUUAGUCCUCUGCAAGCCCACUGUGUGGAGAAGAGCCCAGAGAUAAGCAUUCCCUCCAUAAUUGGCUAAUCAUUACAUUUAGUUUAGUCCUAAGUAUGUGAUUAAGAAAAGUUCAUACAGUUCGCUAUGUGUGUGGAUGUGUUUGUAUGUGAGUGUGUGUGCAUGUAUUAGGUAAUAUGGCUGCAGUUGCUUUAUUUAGUAUAGGAGAGAGUAUUCUUUCAAAUGGGCAUUGAACAUAAUGGUGCUAUGUAUCAUUCCAUGUCUGUCCAAGCAUCUCCUUUGUGGAAUUCAAACCAUGUUUCCUUAUGUUACUCCUGGAAUUUUAGUUUUCUAUUUGGAAACGGCUGAGGGAGGCAGGAUUAAUUUCUGAGAAUUGUCCAUGUAUAGAUGAUUACAGGUAUUUGUUCAAGAUUAACACUGCAUUCUUCUUCUCUUAUGUUGUUCACAUUUCAGUCUUUCUGUUGCUGGAUUCAGCCUUGACAGCAUAGUUUAUGGCACUGGGUUUGAUAGGUUUAUGCACUAAAAAGGGGGCAAAGCAACUUAAGAGCCCACAGCUUCAUUCAUGUGUGUUUGGGUAUGUCUGCACCGGUACCUUUUGUCACAUUUUCCUUUGUCUCUUUUCCUAGUGUUUGUAUUUGUGCAUGUCACAUACAUAUGUAUACACAUCCUCCUCUCAGGAUUGUGGGCUCUUAAGAAAAUAGAACACAUGCAGUCAUUCAUAUAGCAAAUAAUUUUAAUGCAGUUUGCAAAAAUUUGGAGAUUCUGGGGUGUGUUGAGGAGGUUUGGAACAAUAGCCUUGGUAAGGGACAGUGUGAGAGAGUUGUCCAAAUAUCAUCUUUAUUAUAGGAAGUUUGUCCAAUUUAUUAGGUUUCUAAGAUUUGCUGAAAACUGGUGUGACCAGCUAUCUUUUGCAAAUAUUGGCUCAUGUGAUUGGGUCUAUUUGCAUGAGCAAGAUAACAUCCAAGAAGCAGAACUGUGAAAGCUUGCACCUUCACCUUCACAAUUAUAAAACAUUGCAAGAUAUGGUUCUGGAGACGCAGAAGUGUUCUUCCAUGAGUCUACUUCUUAGAUGUAGCAGUAUGUACUUGAGGCUCCUUAAAUAAGCACUUAAUUGCAAAGUUAUCUUCAAUAACAAUAAUUGCAAAGUUAUCUUCAAUAACAACACUAUGAAUAAUUCAAGAGUUCAAGCCAAUGUGAUGUUUGAUUUUGAUUUUGUGAUGUUUGAUUUCCCAUGCUGUUGGGGGGUGGCACAAAACUUUAUUUCCCAGUCAUACACAGUUUUUAUGCCUAUUCAUAGUCUGUUGCUGGUUUGGUACCAUCUUAUUUUUAACUCGAAACCAGCAAGUCGAUUUUUAACUUGAUUCCAGCCAGUCAGGAAUCCUGUAGUGAACGUGCUGGUGCGGUAGUGUCACAUUGCCACCCCUCAGAUUUGGUUUUUGCUGAAAUCAAUAAGGACUAUCAAAGCCCCCUCUCUCCCCUUCCUUUAAAUUGGAGCACAGGAGUAGACAAUAAAUGCAUCCUUGCUGCUCAGACUGAUGCUCCCUAUCUUCUUGUGCUGCACUUGUAGUUUCAUUGAUGGUAUGGCAAUGCAGCAAAAACUUCACUCAGUGCAGUUCUAGUUAUGUUUGAUGAGCUGGAGCAGAAUAUCUGAAUGUUCAUAAGCAUUUUGCUCCAUCUAAUGACAUAUGUAUAACUGAAUCAAAUUCAGGGACUCUCAUCCUGGUUACCUUGGCCACAGGGGUUCAGUUUCUUUUCUCCUCUCACCAAAAUGCCCCUAGGUUAACAUAAAGAGUUGGAUGGAAACACUAAUAAAACACCCCCUACACCCAUGUUUACAUAGUAAUAUUUAACAUGGGAACAUUUGUGUUUUCUGCAACAGUUAUGUCGGGCUCAAACAGUAGAUCUGCAUCCUGAAAUACCUGUGUAAACAAACUUGGGACUUCCGUCCCAGAUGGUAUUGCAAGGCAUGUAAACACACUAACAAUAAUAUGCUUCUGUCAUUUAGGCUGAUUGGUGGUAGUUGUUAACACCAACAUACUAAAGGAGAAUAUAACUGUCCUAAAUAAAUGAAUACGCCUAAGGUAUUAAUCUAAUCUGAUUUACAUGUGAUGUAUCAGAAAGUAGAAUACUAGUAAGGGAUACAGGACCCUAGGAUAAUGUACAGACGUCCUAGUUUCUUUCUCUCAAUAACAGAUGGGGAAAUGAACUGGUGUAGACAUCUCCAUAAUAUACCCAUCGAUCCACAGUGAUAUAUAUCUGAUUUUUUUAAAUAUCCAAAAUCUUUCCACUUUAGUUUCAGCACUUUCUGAAGGAGAAAUUAAAAGGCUCUAUUGUGUUCUUCCACUUCUCUGAUAUUUUGUUAAAAAUGUGUGAAAUCUGUACAUGAUAUUGGGGUAUUUGCUGUGUUCUUGCCAUGAUUUUUCUAAACAGAAAUUCCCGGUACUUUUAUUGGAACUAUGUGAAGAUUUGAUGAACUGGGCACUCCCCAUUUUGUAUUCCAUUUAUCUGCUAUGAUGUAGUGCAUGAAAUUAAUUAAUUUGGGGGAGAAGGUUGAGCCAUAAAGCAAAAUGUAUUCCUUUGUACUAUAGAUUUCUUUCUUAAAGUGGUAUGUGUUGUCAGAGUGAAUGACUGAAUUCUGCUUUCAGGACCCUGGAAUUUCUUGCUCAGUUUCUAAACUGGUGCAUAUGGUGCUUUAUAAUGCAGUUUCUAAAGUGAGAUUACCUUAUGCUGCAGCCCUUACAAACACACGCACAAUUUCGGAGAAGUUGUUAUAGCCUCUGGUUUUGCAUAGUAUGGUGAAGUCCCAGGAUAAACACUUGAUAAGAGCUCAGAAUCACCACCUCACAGGAUCAUCAUAGCAAACACAUGUGAGGCCAUGCAUUAGACACUGAAUGGCGGAUGCCAGGUGACAGCCACAGCUGUGUACAUCAAUGGAGACAAUGCCAAUAAUACUGUUCAGUGGAUUGUCAUGGACCUGUGUAGCUAAAUGCUUCUGAAUCGAAGGGGGGAGAUCCUGUUGUCUUCAGUCAUCAUGCUUUGUCUUGUAAAACCAACAAAAUAGUAUUUUUAGUCUAAUUUAAAGGAGCUGCUUCUUUUAUAGCACAUAUUUCGCUUUGUACUAUAUUUGAUAGUUAAAAGAUAAUUUAGCCUGUAGAAUACCUUGUUGUAUUUGUACUGUUGAUGAAUGUUACAAAAGUGCUUUACUUUGUUGCCAUAAUUCUCUUGUACUGCUGUAAAAUUAUUUUUUCUGCUUUUCAAAAACCUAAAUCGAUUGACAUUUUCGGUACCGGGUUUUGUACAUUUUUUUAUUUUGUCAGUAUUUUUGAAUGUUUACAUCUCUUUGACACUAGCCAUUCAAUGCCUUUUUAGGGUAGUACUUCUCCUGCCCAGGAUAAGAGCAAUGUGAAAUCAACCCAUAUCUGGCUUGCAUCAAGAAUAGACAUUCAUGUGGGUUGGGCUGUCCUUGCCAUGCAUCAAUAUUUUGCAUCCACAUGUAGAGAAAUAAGAUCUCCCUUCAGUCCUCUACCAAAGAAAAAAAUUAUUCCCAUAGGACAAGUUCUUAAAAUUCUCAGAAGGGGGAACUGUUGAUUUCAUUGGCAUUGCUACGGUUUAUUGUUAUGCUUGCUUUAUUUCCUGACGAAAUGUGACUGAGUGAAAAAAAGGGGUUUAAACUAUUUUUUUUUAAGACAGUGUUUGGUUUAGAAUUCAGGGAUCAUGCUUUCAUCAAUGGUGCUGUUUGUCUUUUUUUUUUUAGAAAACCAUGUGUUGCAUACAAACUUUACUGAUCAAACAACUAUAAACUAAGAUUUGUUCUGUCUACAUGUUUGCUCUCUAUCCUCCCUGGCCCUUGAAAAUAACAAUUUGGGCUUCAAUAUUAAAAUAUUCUGAAGAAAAUAAAACUAAAAAUACA